GUGGACGAGGCGGUGUACGGGCCGGAGUGCCUGGAGCUCUGUACCUGCUACGAGACGGGAUACGUGGAGUGUCAGGGGGCGCGGUGCCCUCCCUCACAGAGCUGCCUGGUCAGGAAGGGAGUCCGAGGAUGCUAUACAAAUGAAGGGGUCUGCUCCAUCACCCAGGGCCGACGGCUGCUCACCUUCGAUGGCCACUCGGCCCCGAUCCCCGGCCCGGGUGUGUACGUGUUGGCAUCGGUCUGCAACGAGACAGCGCCAGGAUGGUUCCGGGCGCUAGUGCAGUUCAGGCCGUGUCUAGAGGGAGGGGAGCCGGGCCUGUCCGCCCUCUUCCUGCAUUUCGAUAGCGCCUUCAUUGCCGUGACCGUGGACAGGAACAUCUGGGUGAAUGGCCGUGCUGUGGCGUGGCACCAGUUGCCGUACCGGCUGCUCCUGGAUGUGACCAUUCGCUCCGAGGCUGGGGCGGUGAUUGUGGAACAUUCCUCCGGUGUGUGGUUGAAGUUGAGUGCGGACGGUGAGCUCCCGGUCCCCGUCCCCGUCACCGUCACCGUCACCGUCACCGUGCCGGAAUCCCUCAGGCGGCAGAUGUGUGGUACCUGCGGGAUGUUUGGUGCCCACCACGAUGGGGAGCUGCUGAUGCCCGAUGGGUCAGUUACGGCCGAUAUCCCGACAUUUCUCACCUCCUGGCUGGCUCCAGAGUUCACUGCCUGUUUAAUUUGAGAGCGAUCGCGAGAGAGAGAGUGAGAGAGAGAGAGAGAGAGAGAGAGAGGGAGAGGCUGGACAGGACGGAGGUGACUUGGAGGACACUCUGAAAUAGAUUUUGUGAAAGGUGAUGCCAACGUUCAGUUCCAACGUGGACCAGUCAGCGUGCAGAUGGUCAGCCUGGGCUGUGGUCAACAGGAAUUCACACAGAACAGAGACUGUGUCUGAUUAAUAUUCAUGAAAACAGCAAAUAAAAACACAACG